UACUGCGGGAGAUCCACCCAUAUCCACUCCGGUCGUCUCAGUGAAAGCUGCACAGCAGAUUCCUUCCAGAGAAGGCAGGUUUUCCACGCCGUGACGAAUUGAGUAUAGCGUGCCCCCCGUGGAUCGGCCGUCAUUAUGUCAGGAAUGGCAUCUAAUAUCAAGAAGCAGAGGGAGAGAGCGGCCGGGAUCGGCUCCUGGCAGCAACCGGUGAAGUUUCUCAAUCAAGAUUAUGAAGCGAUCCGGCAGCAUUGCUUGGAUACUGGAAACUUGUUCUGUGACGAGUCUUUCCCUGCUUGUCCUACAUCCCUGGGAUUCAAAGAACUCGGACCCGAUUCGUACAAAACCAGAGACGUCGAGUGGAUUCGCCCGAAGGAUGUGUGUGGCAACCCUGAAUUUAUAAUUGGUGGAGCAUCACGUACUGAUAUCUGCCAGGGAGCGCUAGGUGACUGCUGGCUAUUGGCUGCUAUUGCAUCACUAACCCUAAACAAUGAGGUUCUAAACAGAGUGGUUCCCUGUGAACAAGACUUUGGCUCUGAUUAUGCAGGAAUCUUCCAUUUCCGGUUCUGGCAGUAUGGAGAGUGGGUGGAUGUGGUGAUCGAUGACAGGUUGCCCACAAAGGAUAAUGAGCUGAUGUUUGUGCACUCGGCUUCAGGAAAUGAGUUCUGGAGUGCUCUGCUGGAGAAAGCCUAUUCAAAGUUAAAUGGGUCCUAUGAAGCAUUGUCUGGGGGAUCUACAACUGAAGGCUUUGAGGAUUUUACAGGGGGGAUUUCAGAGUGGUAUGAAUUAAAUGAAGCACCAAGCAACCUCUUUAAGAUCAUACGAAAGGCAUUAAAAGCUGGGUCACUACUUGGCUGUUCCAUUAAUAUCACCAGCUCAGCAGAUUCAGAGGCAAUUACUUCACAGAAGCUGGUCAAAGGUCAUGCUUAUUCUUUAACUGGAGCGGAAACAGUGGACUAUCAAGGCAACGCGGAGCAAUUGGUCCGCGUCCGUAAUCCAUGGGGUCAAGUGGAGUGGACUGGAAGCUGGUCCGACAAUGCACCAGAGUGGGAAUGCGUUCCUGAAGAAGAAAAAGAUCGCCUAUGUGACCAAUCAGAGAAUGGCGAAUUCUGGAUGUCAUUUUCCGAAUUUCUUAGUAAUUUCUCUCGAGUGGAAAUCUGCAAUCUCACCCCCGACACACUUAGCAAUGAUGAGGUUCACAAGUGGAACAUGGCUGUCUACAAUGGGUCCUGGAGGAAAGGAUCUUCUGCGGGAGGAUGUCGAAACUAUAUAAGAACAUUUUGGCAAAAUCCUCAAUUUAAGAUUGAUUUGAGGGAGGCAGAUGAAGAUCCUGAUGACGAUGAUGAGAAAUGCAGUUUUCUGGUCGGGGUUAUUCAGAGGAAUCGUAGAAAUAAAAGGAAAAUGGGCGAGGACAUGCAUACUAUUGGCUUUGCUGUCUAUGAGGUCCCUGAAGAGUACCACGACCACAAGAAUAUUCAACUCAGGAGAGAUUUUUUCACAACUCAUGCAUCCCAAGCAAAAUCAGAAACCUUCAUCAAUCUGCGAGAAGUCAUGAGCAGGCUUGCACUUGAACCUGGACAAUAUUUUGUAAUACCAUCCACCUUUGAGCCGAAUAAAGAUGGGGAUUUUGCAAUCCGCUUGUUUACAGAGAAGGCAGCCAAUGUAGAAGCGAUAGAUGUUGUAGUUGAUGCAAUAAUUGAAGACGAGGAGGUCGACGAGGAUGACAUUAGUGCCAGCUUUGAGAAUUUGUUUGAAUAUAUAGCAGGGGAGGAUGCAGAGAUUUCUUGCUUUGAGCUGCAAAGAAUACUGAACAGAAUUGUAGGCAACCGUGAAGACAUUAAAACUGAUGGUUUUAGUUUGGAGACCUGUCGAAAUGUAAUCAGUCUAAUGGAUAAGGAUGGAUCUGGAAAAAUUGGAUUAGUGGAAUUCAAGCUAUUUUGGAACAAGUUGCAGAAGAUGCUGAAAAUCUUCAAGAGGGUAGAUGCUGAUGAAUCUGGUACCAUGGGUUCAUGUGAAAUACAAGUGGCACUCGAAGAAGCAGGUUUCACUCUGAACACUGCAUUGAUUCAGAACAUUGUUGCCCGUUAUGCAAACUCCGACCUUCUCAUCGACUUUGAUAACUUUGUUGGCUGUUUGAUCCGAUUGGAAACCAUGUUCAGAAUAUUUAAAGCACUAGAAGUCGAUGAUGAGGGAUCGGCAGAGUUGGAUAUAUUUCAGUGGUUGGGUCUGGUACUGGGCUAAAAUAUUGCUCUGCUGCAAGCCAAGCUUUGACCAAUCAACAGAUGCAGAAAAGAACAUCUCAAAACUACGAAAGGAACAUGAACCCUAAUAUUUAAUUUAAUGGGCAUCAUGAAUGGGUAUAGAGUGAGGGGAGUAGGGUUUGUUUUUAAAUGCUUCGCUGUACAAUCUUUUAUACAGAAAUUUGGGUGAUAUUUGAUCAGAACUGUGUCUCAAUCAGUAUCAUACUGUGCACCGAUAUUACCAAAAGACAUCUUAAAUCAUAAUUACCAUGUUACACAAUUUAUAUGGCCCACAUUGAAGAUAAUAAAUGGGACACAUUUGUUCUGCAAUGUUAAAAGAUACAAAAUUUAACAAAUUUGUUAUUUUACCUCCGUCUACAAAUGUGGGCACAGGUAAAUCACAAAAAUUAUACCAGGAGAAUCAUGAUUUGGAAUUUAAAGGGCCUGUCCCACUUAGGCAAUUUUUUAGGCGACUGCCGAAAAAUUUUCAACAUGUUGAAAAAUUUGCACCGACAGUGGCGACAAUUUGGGCUGUCGUAGGUUCUCACCGGUGCUGACCGGUGAAUUCCAUUGUCCUAGUCGCUGGCAGUCACCUAAAAAAUUGCCAAAGUGGGACAGGCCCUUCAGUUUAUAAUGCAAUUAUAGUUUUCUGACUGAAUUGGCCUUUAAAUGAAGAAAAAAAAACUUGCUUUUGCUCUACAGCCAAUUCCAUAAAUGUUUUUGACCGAUCGGAACAGUAAAACUAAUUAUUAUUAAAUAGCUGGUGUUUUUAUUGUAUGUUUACUGAAUGCUUUUGGUACAGGUGUUUAGUAUAAAUAAGUAUGUUUUAUUAAGAACUGCUUUUACUUGCACAACUAUCUAAAAUUAAAUUCUGAACAUGGGUGACUUUGA